AUGGUAACUAGUUCUUCUGGUGUUGGUGGAUCUAUCGAUCUCAAUUUUGGGUCCACUAGUUCUACUGAUGCUGGUGGAUCCAUUGAUCUCAAUUUUGGGUCCACUACCUCUACUGGUGCUGGUGGAUCCAUUGAUCUAAAUUUUGGGUCAUGGGUCGGCUGCAGUGUUGACCCAUAUUCCUUCUCACCCUUCAAUACUAAUACUAGUACGACUUCCUUUGGCACAAAAGAAGAACAAACUUUCAUGGAACAACGAGGAGAAGAUCACCAGGAGAUUGAAACUCUUCCUCUGUUCCCCAUGCACGGUGAGGACAUCCUUGGCAACCUGAAGACUACUUUCGAGGGAGGUAGCGGCUAUGGUUACUAUUCUGGUGGCUUGGGCAGCUACAACGGUGGCUCUCACAUUUCCCUUGAGCUCAGCCUCAACCCCUCUGGAGCUGCUGACUUGGCUUAG